AGCCUAAUUCCACCCACAAGUGCCUGUCUUCUCGCAGUCUCAUCAGCCUCUCGCAAGAAAACAUGGGCAGACAGAAGGUGUAUUUGGACAAACUGGCCCGGUUUUUCCAGAUCCGGAACCUGCUGCUCCGCCAGGCCCUGGCAGAGUGUCUUGGGACCCUCAUCCUUGUGAUGUUUGGCUGUGGUGCUGUGGCCCAACUGGUUUUGAGCGGAGGUUCCCAUGGCAUGUUCCUCACUGUCAACUUCGCCUUCGGCUUCGCUGCCACCUUAGGCAUCCUAGUUUGUGGCCAGGUCUCAGGUGGCCAUCUGAACCCAGCAGUGACCUUUUCCCUGUGUCUGCUCGGAAGAGAGCGCUGGAGAAAGUUCCCCAUGUACUUCCUCUUUCAGACAAUUGGUGCUUUUUUCGGUGCCGCAGUCAUUUUUGGCAUGUACUACGAUGCCCUGUGGGACUUUCCCGGAUGUUUCAAUAUGACUGGGCCUACGUCCACAGCUGGUAUCUUUUCUACCUACCCAGGAAAUCAUCUCAGCAUUGUCAAUGGCUUCUUUGACCAGAUUAUUGGCACAGCAGCACUCAUUGUUUGUAUUCUGGCUAUUGUGGAUCCAUACAACAACCCCAUCCCCCAAGGUCUGGAGGCCUUCACUGUGGGAUUUGUGGUUCUGGUCAUUGGACUGUCUAUGGGCUUCAACUCUGGCUAUGCUGUCAACCCUGCCAGAGACAUCGGGCCACGUAUUUUCACCGCUAUGGCUGGCUGGGGCAGCGCAGUUUUCACGGUUAGAGAUGGCUGGUUCCUGGUGCCCAUUUUUGCCCCGUUUCUCGGUGCCAUCAUCGGUACCAUGAUCUAUCAGGUCAUGGUCGGGUUCCACAUGGAGGGAGAAGUACGUGACCAGAAGAGCGCAGCGGAGGAGAACGUCCGACUCACCAACGUCACCAGCAAGGACAACUCCAAGGAGGCCACCAAAGAAAUGCACUGAGUGUGUUACGAGGCGUUUGAUUACACACUUGAACUCAUGCAUAUUUUGUAAAAAGUGACCUAACACCAACAUUUUUCCUUCCAGCCACAUUUACAAACCAUUUUUUUUUUUUUAUAUCUGUUGGGUUAUCUCCCAAGAUAGCUGUGUGUUUGUGAAUACUGGCUGCUCUCUUUUUAUCAUGUGAUUGUAUUAUAUGGUAGAGGAAAGAUUGUGUCUAAGUGUGGAAGGGAGAAACACAACUUAAGAAACAGAAUUACAUUAAUUCUUAAUGAAAAUGAUGAAUAUUUGGAUCUUAUUGUCUAUAACACUCCAGUUUAAACAGUAUUGUAUUCUUUAUACCAAGGUAGUCUUAUGUAUUAUGACAGAUUUAUAUACAGUAGAUUUAUGUAGGAAGAUUUCCUAACCAAUUCCUGUCAGUCCAGAACCUUUCACUGUUUGUGUAAAAAUUCAGAGAAAUUGUCAGGAAAUUGGGGAAUUUAAAAUUUCAACCUUCAACCCAAAAGUUUGAGUGUCUGCUUGAGAAGAAUAUUUUACAUGGGCUACGUCAACAUCUACUCUGUUGUUUAGAGCUGACAGAUGGGGGUGGAGCUCCAUCCUUUCCCAACAUUCUUCCCUUCACCACAGGCGUCUCAAAGCAGCUAUAUUAAAGCUGUCGUCUUUUUAUAUCCGCUCUCUUUGCCCUGUAAAAGUCAAAACCAGCGCUCCUUAAACAGGCUGACCACUGUUGUGAUAUUUCACCAGCGCAUUUGAUAAUUUGCCCUUUGUAUAAAGCUUUUGUAGCCUCCAGGUGACACGCUGGAAAAUAUCAGAUGUGCCAACAAAUGACAAUAAUCUUCUAUAUAUGUACAGAACCAUGUAAGCAUAUUACACUGUCUUGAAAUUGAUGCGUGGAAUGAUGUGUUUGUAUGUAGGUUAAGGGGAAGGGAAGCUUUUGUACUGAUACAAUAAAGUUCUGUUUUUUUAU